AUGUUGUGCGCGCGCGUGCCCGUUGAUGUUGUCGUCGAUGUUGUUCGGUUGAUGGUCUGUGAUCAGACUUGGCCUCUGCUUGCCCCAAGGUAUGUCCCGAUCGCGUUUAGGAUAAUUGCUAUUGUGCGUUUGCUUACCUUUUCGUUCACUGAUCGACCAGGCCGGCAACCCCACUUGCUACAACGUACGCGCUCUUCCCUGUCUGCAGAAACACGCUUUGAGAAAGCCAUAGCUGAUCACACGAAUUUCACCUCCAAAAGUGCUCGCAAGAGGGUCACGUUUCGCGUGAGUGGUACUCUAUUCCUCGGUUAGAGCUCGCAGCAUUGGCUGACGCCUUCUUUGACCUUUCCUCUCCUCCAGGCGACUGCCCCAAUGAACGCAAGGCCAAGUCGUGCUACCAGUGCAACCAGGAGGGUCACCUUUCGCGUGACUGCCCCGAGAAGCCCGCUGCCUCUUUCGGCGGCGCCCAGGGCGGCUACGGCGGCAACUCGUCGGCCGUCUGCUACUCGUGCAACCAAACCGGCCACAUCUCGCGCAACUGCCCGCAAUCCGCCGGCCAGGCCCAAGGUGGAUUCGGUGGAGGAUUUGGUGGCGUACGUUACAUGAGAUCCCUUUGAAUUGAAAGUCAAGUGGCUGACUUGGCUUUUAUGCAGCAACAAGCCCAGGGCCGUGCUUGCUACUCGUGCGGUGGCUUCGGGCAUCUGAGCAGGGAUUGCGCUUCGGCCCAGAAGUGCUUCGGCUGCGGUGGAGUGAGUCGAGCGGAGCCUAUGAUAAGUCGUGUCGUUUUGAUGGGCUCGAACUGACGACUGGCUGCUCCCUUCUUAGACUGGUCACAUCUCGCGUGAUUGCCCCAACCCCGUCCAGCGCCAAGCCAGGAGCUGCUACGGAUGCGGCCAGGUACGUGACUGAUCUGGUCGUUGGUGACUGGAGAUUGGAGGGACAGGUGCUAACUAGACUACUAUUUCGUAUCGUGCGAUCUGUCAUUUCUCUUCACUGGACAACAGACCGGUCACAGUAAGUCUUGUCUGACUACAAAGCUGUUUCUCGCUGGUGACUGACCUUCACGUCUUUCCCCUAUCUACCACAGUCUCGCGCGACUGCCCCAACGCCGCUCAAGCCGAGGCUUAA